CUAAACCAUCACCCAUUUAAUCCUAACUGAAUGAACACAAAGUUGAAUUUUUUCUUAUUUUAAAUUGAUACCGGUGUUUAUUUUCUCAAUCUGAAGAGAUGACAAAUAAAUCAUCUUCAGCCAUUCCUGUGGCUAACUAUCCCAAAAUCAAGCAAAAGCUCGGAAAGUUAAUUUUUCCGAAAAAGAAUUUGAAACAGCGAGUCAAUAUUACAGAGGUCCGCACAUUUCAUCAGAAUCUACAAGUACGUCACUUUGUGGAUGCUGGGAAUCAGCUGAUUCAUCGGGAACACCGUCUGUUUGUUCUGAAGCAGGAAGGGAUUGAAUCCAGAAAGAAGCUAAUAGAGGAAGAAGAUGAUUCAGAGGCCAAACUCGCAAAGGACUAUGAAGAUUUGUUGAAGUCUGUGAUGGAAACACUGGAGAAUUCCCUGGACCUCCACAGUGUAGAGGAACAAGAAGAACUGAAAGAAGCGGUUCAAGCCAUCCUGAACGAGGAGGAGCAAGACAUACAGUGGGAAGGGUUUAAAGAAACAGAACGCCCACCAUGGAGGCCAAGACGCUGUAAACAGAAACACGAUGCUCUGCUGGAGAGACUUGUUCAGAGUCGGAUGCAUGAGGCACAGUUAAACUCGAGUGUUGAAACGCACUCUGCCUUGCACAAAUCCAUCAUUAGUAAAGCAAAACAACUUAAAGAAGAUUUAUUGAAAGUUGUGACGUGGGUGAAGAGCUGCUACCCAGAACAAGAGAAUGUGUGUCAGCUUUAUGCUACCCUGUAUCACAAGACCUUCAUUGAUGAGUUAAGAGCAGUUGCUAAGUUUGAACUGUGUGAUGACGACUGCUUUGAUUUAUUGCGCUGGGUGAACUUUCAUUAUCCCAGUAUUUUAAACGACAGCAGGAUAAAAGAUGCGAUUGAUCAGACACAGCUCGAACCACUGCUUACUAAAGACACCAUUGGACCAUUGGAAGAGCAGUUUUUAACCAGCAAAGAGAAUAAUCUGAGCACAUGGCUCCAUAGAGCUCUGGACGAGGAAGAGACCGCCUGGAAAACGGGAAAACUUCCGGAGCUGAGAGAUCAGAUCUACUUUUGUCCACUCAAGAUCGAUGUGAUCCAGUUUUUUCAUGGCAUGGUAACAUCUGUUCAAGAGGUGCUUGGUGCUGACGAAACAAAAGCUCAAAGGGUCACAAGCCAGAUGAGCAAUUUUCUAACAGCUUACAAAACCUUUCAUCAGAAGGUCAUCAAGGAGAAACAAACAAACUCUGAAGCUGUUGUGAUGGCCAACCUCUCAUGUAUCAUGCACGUCAGAGACUACAUUAUAAACAAUGCACAUCUGUUUCCUGAGGACGUCAAAAUAAAUUGUCUGUCUUUGUUGAACGUCAUGAGAGACAACAGCCAUGUCUUCUUCACGUCUAACAUUCACAAAGAUCUUAAGGAGUUGUACAAAAAACUUGGUUCCUCUAAAUGGCUCAAGGACAGUGAAGGCGUAUGUGAAGAGCUGCUCGCAAGGCUGGACGUACACAUACAGAAAUUCAACCAUUUGGAGGAAAAGUGUUGCCAGGAGCUGCUGGGUGUGCUGCAUAAGGAGUUUCUGGCUGAAUAUGUACGUAAAAUGAUGAAGAACAAAAUCCGAUUCGCAGAUCAAGAAAAGCAACAGAAGGCUUCAGAGGCCCUUUGCCAAAACAACGACAGCAUACACACGCGCCUAACCGCAGCUGGCUCAAACAUGGAUUGGUUGAAAGACAUUCUUCUAAAAUUAGCAGGGCUGCUAAUGCUACAGGAUCCAGACAGUAUAAAGUUGGAGCUGGUUAACCUUUUGAGAGAUUACCCAGACUGCAGUAAACGCCAUGUUUCAGCUUGGCUGAGCCUCAAGUCAAACCUUUCUGCCUCGGACCUCAAAAUGAUCCUGAAGUGCGUCACUUUCAGCCAGGAUCAGAUUAAAGAAGAGCAGGAGUCACUUCAGUGUAACCAGAGCUUCUUUUCUUUGGUGAGGAUUAAAUAAAUUGUGUAUAAUAACAGUUUGAUGCUACUGCAUUUCUGUGAAAUUUUGUAUGCAUUGCUUUAGCAACUCCACUGUCAUGGGUCCGCUUACCAAAGACUUUAUGUACUGUGCCAAUCAAACACUGCAAAAAAUGACUUUCUUACUUAGUAUUUUUGUCUUGCAGUGAAAUUAUUACUUGAAUAGACUGUAUGUCGCUUUACAAAUGUGAUUAUUACAUAAUGAUAAUGCACUUAUUUUGAAAGAAAUACCCUGCACUGUAUUCCAUUGUAAUGUGAAUUAUGUAAUAAAAUCUUACUGCAUUUUUGUAA